AUGUCAAAGUUGAUAGUAUAUCUUUCUUUCAUUGUCUAUUGUGGUAAUCAGCAACAAAAUCGGCAAGGAAUGAGAGUCGCACCAGUAGCUGCUGAUGUUAUCACAGAUUAUAAACUUGACAAACUGUGGGAUGAUGAGUUACUGAUGGAGAUAACGCAAGUGGAAGAAUCAACAUUGACGAAUUGUGACACAAUGGAAAAUGGAAGAUUAUUUAUUUUGGAAGAAAAACCGCUGCUAUUGAUGACAAACACUGUUAAUCUGAUAAAUUGA